AAAUCAAACAAAUUUCAGAUAGUGUAAUUAUUUAUACAUCACUAUACACUUAUUCAAAUAAAUUGCUUGCAAUAUUUUGAUGCCCACUGCAGUAUGCAACGACUUCUUAGAUCUUCGAAAUCAGAAGGAAUUCAACCUUUUCCAUCUCGACUGCGGGAAUGCAUUAAAAGAAAUGCGCAAGAAAUGAAAAACAAGGUGAAAUGCAAACCCUUGGAAAAACUUACAACAAAAGAAAAUGUUUUAUUGAGAACUAUAGACUUGAAAACAAACAAUAGCAAAUCAAUUGAAUUCCAAGAUUUUUUUGAAGAAAGGGAAAUAGUAGGAUCAUUUUCUAAAACAUGUGAACAUGUUUGUAUCAUCGGAUCCAAGGGGUCGGGUAAAACAACCGUACUAGCCAGGUUCAUUGGUGAAGCAUACGCAGGUCGCAUUCCUCAAAUUGAAAAUGAACAUGUUUUACAUGUCAUAAACUGCCACCGCUUUGAUGCAAACGAGGAAAUCACAGUACCCGAGUUUCUUUUUGGCGACUUCGGCGAAGAAUCAGUAACACUUGGUGAAAAACGAGAGGGAUAUGAGUGGAUGAAAAACAAUCCCACGAAACUUACAUUCGUGGUGGACUCUCUGGAAUCACUUCGUUAUCCUAUUAAAGAAGACAAUACAGUAGGGCAUUAUGAUCGCGCAACUCCUGGUACUAUCCUACGCAAUUUGAUAGAGGGAAAUUUAUUCAUUUCCUGUGCAGUACUCACCACGUGCGAAGCAAAAAAAUUUGAAGAACAAGUUGAUGGAGACGAAAGGCUACCCGUUGAAAAGACUAUUCUUGUGUCCGGAUUGUCACCAGCAUCGAUAAAUAGACUUGCGUCAAAAUAUCUUGGAGAAGAGCGUUUUAACGAGUCUUUUGUAUAUCUCAAGAGCGUAUCACCCUAUUUGAUGACUUUAUGUGAAAACCCUACGAUGCUAAUUUUAACAUUGGCAAGCAUCAAAAAUUGUGACGAUCCUGAGUUUCUGCCAAAAAGCAUGUCGGGUGUGGUGAUUAAAAUGUUGAAUCGCAUUAUUGAGAAAUCUAAAGAUGUGGAUUCAGGAAACAUCGCCAUUACAUUAGAAAAAUUGAAGUUUUUAGCUUUUCACAUAAAAAGGAAGAAAACUUCUGACAUCACCUCAGAGCAACUCCAUGCGACAGGACUUACAUCUACUGUUCUACUAAGCAAUUGGUUUGUUUUGGAUGGCAUUGCGUUGAUCAUAGAGGUUGAAAGCAGCUCACCCGGAGAAAAAGAUUUGCAAUUCAUCCAUCCAGUUUUAAUUGAUGUCCUUUUUGGAUUAUUCAUUGCUGAGCUCGAAUGGGAAAAGUUCUCAAAAUUUGUAGAAAAUUUUUUUAGUAGUAAUCGUUAUUCGCCAAUUGCAAGAUAUGUUGGAGGAUGCAUCAUGGACGAAAAAAUAUUUGAAGAAAGCCUCAAUUGUUAUGCUAUGAACACAGUUCGAUUAACCCAGCUUAGGAAUGACAAAGAUCGCAAAUGCACUCUGAUAAAACGUAGGCUGACAUCCUGGCUACUAGAGCUUGAAGAUAUCUUUGAGCUCGGCAAUCAGCUAAAUUUAUUCCACACCAUAUGUGAAUGCGGCAGAGAAAUCAAGCCUAUCGUCUACUUGAACAUUGACAAGAUAAAAUUGUGUCGUUUCGGAUCAUGGAUUCUCAACAGUGCAGAUAUGUGCUCCAUUGCCACCAUCAUAAGUUAUCGUGUGGAGCUUGAACAACUGGCUCUCACUGAUUGUCCUGUCUCACCAAUUCUCCUCGACACACUUCAGAGAUGUAUACGUGCUAUCAAUAAAUUCAGCAAGGUACAAAAUUUUGCACUCAAUAUCGACGAAGGUGAAAAAAUUGCAACUGAAGAAUACAUUCAUUCCAUUACCGGGCUUCUUAUGUAUACAUCAAAUAAUAUGGACCUCAGGGGAUGGCGAUUGAACAACAAUGGAAUUACGUUAUUGCAGAAAAUGCUGAACGAUCUUCAAAAAUAUAGUCUCAAAAUACAGACAGGCCCUGAAAAAUUCAUUGUUACUCAAAGUAAUUGGUACGACGCUAUCCAGAAAGAAAUACCACCAGAAGGUGGCUGUGUUUCGUUGCACGAUUUUAACUUUGAUUUUCCAAAGGGUUCAUUGACAGACAAAACCAAGGUACAGUUGGAAAUGACAAAUUUGCCCCCCGAGUAUCCAGAUGCCUAUCUAAUCAUUUCAUCAACAGUAAACGUUUCAAUCAACGCUGAAUUAUGGAAACCUUUAAAUAUCCGCGUAAAUCCAUGGGUCUCCAAAGACGAUAAAGAGGAUGAGGUUAUUUUAGAAGUGCUUCACUUGGAAGACGAAAGCGAUUCGUGGACAACUGUGGAAACCAUGCCGUUUUCGGACGAAACCGACGUGGUAUUCCAAUGUCAAAGUUUCAGUAGAAUUUCACUUGCAAUCAAGAUGCUUUUUGGACACAAAGUCAGUUUACCUAUAAGCGGUGUGAUUUGUUUCAACAAAAAUAUUUGGUGCGUGUGGUUUUUUCUUGACACAAAGGCCACUAGAAGCGAAGCAAUUGAAAAUCUUAAAUAUGAAGGAUAUAAAAGUCUAUGUUCAUUUAACACGGUGUUUGCAAAAUUUGGAGAUGAGAUUGAAGUCAAAUUAGAAAUCCUACGGCCUGAUGAAGGUUUCUCUUUUCGAUUUCGCCAUAAACUAAGCUUUCAGCUAAAUCUUAAAAUGAGGAAACUUGGACUUCCCCACUUGACGUAUUAUCUGGAACAUGACGGACCUGUCCGGAAACCAUGCACUCUGAAAAUUGAAUAUGACAUCAUGCUAAAUAACACACAAGCUGAAAAUGGAUUUGGAUGUUUUGAACAUAAUGUAGAGGCCACACUAGAUAAAAGUUUUUCGCGUCCCAAGAAGCGCAUCGAAGAUGUUUUGAAUGAAAUUCCAACACGCUUUUCUGCUGGAAAAUUCAAAAAUUUUGCACUUUCGAGCAGAGGCUUAUCUUUGGAUAUGUCAGAAGUGGACCACAUGGAUGAAGAAAAUCGGAAAAUAAACGAUAAAAUAAGAGCUAUGGUUAUGGCAUGGAAAGAAAAAAAUGGAAACAACGCAACUGGCGAAGCACUAUCACGAAUCAUUGAAGCCUAUUUUGAUGAAAAUCCAACCUCCGACAAUACCGAACGUUUGCUGUUGGAAAGAACUUACGAAGAAGCGGCUUCUCAUUAUGGCUCGUUUCACGAGUGGAUCGGGUUUGCAAGCUCAGGGCAUGGUUUGAAUAUACCAUUACAAAUAAGGGAACAAAUUAUCGGAGAUCAGGAGAACAUCACCCGAAAUCAAAAAUUACAGAUGUUACGCUACUGGACUGAUUCGGCUGGUGAUUCUGUCAGCUCUAAAAUGUUAGAAGAAGUUAUGGAAAAUUAUGAUCAAACACCGGCAUAGAUUUUGACUCUUCUGCGUGAUGAAUUACAUUAUCGACAAAUUAGAGAAUAUCGUUGGUGGUUUA